GACAAUGAGUAAUGAAUGAGGAAUGACGGAUUGUGAUUGUGUACAUACGAGAUACCAAUUGCGAUUCGUGACGGACGAUUCGGUCGACAGCUCAUCUUUUGUAUUUCUAAAAAGUGCAAUUAAUAUUAUAAACCUAAAGAAUUAAGUGCUAAUUAUUGUAUAUUACAGCAACGAAAUGUGGGAUCCGACUCAUGUGCAAGUAACAGUGCAAAAAGCAAGAGGUUUGCUAAUAAAAGGCAAAAACGGUACAAAUAACUGUUUUGUUACAAUCUCGCUGGCUAAAGAAAAAUUUCAAACUUCCGUAAAACAUAAGUCAACUGAGAAUGUUGAAUGGUUUGAAGAAUGUGAAUUACGCAUACCGUCUCAAGGAAACACUGCUGAGAUUGUUUUAAAAGUUUACGACGAAGAUUUCGUAAAGGACCACUUAUUAGGUCAAGUAUCGAUUCCGUUAAAAGACCUCGAUGUGUAUGAACGUCCAAGAAACCGCUGGUACCCGUUGCAAGGAAAAGCUGGUAAAGAAAACGACAAGAACCGAGGUGAAUUAGAGGUUAAAAUAGGUUUCACUGUAAAAGAAGGGAGCCUAACAGAUUUGAGCAAAAAGGAAAAACACAAAUCAUCACUGUCCAGUAUUGCGCAGAAUGUUGGGGGCAGCCUCAUGAGUAUUGGAAGUAUUGAAAAACGUAAGAGCUUAAAGAAAUUUGCAAAAAAUUUAGGAUCUAAGAUAAACAUUACUAAUAAAGAAAAAAAGAAUGAUUCAUCAUCUCUAGGUGGGAGUGUAGGAAAUCUUAGAAGUUCUGUGAUAUCAACUCCUGAUACAUCUACGCCAAAAAGAUCCCCGGCAGAGGCUGAUCCAGGUGUGAUAAGUGAAGAUGACGAUGAAUUUGCCUUUGAUGACUUAUCGCAUAAAAGUUCAGGAAGUUCACUCAAUGUACAAAAUUCUUAUGUACCCCGAGGAGUAAAAUACACACCAUCUCCUAAUAAUGCUUCACUUGAAAAUCUAGGUGGAGGUGAAUUCUUAAGAAGAUCUACAAGUAGUAAUUUAGUAACUGCAGAGAAAACAGCACCUUUAAAACCUGUGCGUUUAAGUCUUGAUACAUUUACAGCACCACAAUUACCAGUACAAGUAUUAAAUAAAGAUGAUGAAUGGUCCCAGAAACUUUAUCCACGAAAAUCUAUCAGUCAAACUAUGAUAGACCGAGAAAAAUCUUCCAGUCUCGAAAGAAAUAAAAAAUUGGAUAGCCCUAGUUCCCUUAAAGAAAAACCUAGCCCUAAAUUCUUUAAAAAGUUUGGAAACAGUAAGCCUAAGAAAUUACUGGAGGAACGAAUCAUUGUCGGAGAGGAAAAUAUUGUUGAAGAAGAUUCAAUAAACCCGGCAUACAAUAAUUUACCCAAAACUGUAAUACAGCAAUAUGAUGACAUGACACGAGAAGAUCUAAUAGUGAUGAUCUAUAAUCUACAGAAAGAUGUGGAAUCAGAAAAGAAAAAGAACAAGGAUCUUGAAAAUUACUUAGAUGAGUUGUUGUUGCGAGUAAUGGAGACAACACCGAGAAUAUUGCAAAAUCCUUAUGUCAGAAAUAACAGCAUGCAUAUCCGGAACAAAUAAAGGUUGCAGUUUUUUAAUUUCAAUUGUAAUACAUUGUUUCAAUAACAUUACAGGUUUGAAACUAGUGAUUCUAAGUUCUUAAUUAUCUUACAUUAGUUUUGUUAUAUUAUGAGAUUAUUGUAUUUUGUCCAUAGUUUAUCAUAGUAACUUAUACAGUUUAAUAUUAAAUUUUGCAUUUCUAAGAAAUAUUUGUUAUGAUCACACAUAAAAAAAUCAAACUUUUAAAAGUCAAUUAAAAUUCUAAUAUUUAAAGGUGAUAUAAAUGUUAUGAGAAUUGCAAAUUAGUGUCUGAACCAGUGCCUUAAGUAUUUAUAAGAUCUGUGAUACAUAUUGUCUAUCACAAUAGAUUUCUAUUAUUUUAACUAUAUGUGAAUUGAUAAAAGGAUAUUUAUCUUUUUUUGGUCUGAUUAGAUUUUUAUAAAUAUCUCACUAAAGUGAUAUAUGAUUUUAUUUAAAAAAAAUAUUUCAAUAUGUCCAUGGAAUAAAAAAAAUAUAUUUAUAAAGUGCCAAAACAAAUUUAACAUUGUAAUAAAGCAUAGCAAGAAUGGUAAUAAUUGCUAUAUAUAAAUAUAUUCAAUUACAGAUUUAAUUAACAACAUUCCAAGUUUACUUAGUGUAUUUAUUUUUAAGAUAAAAAAUAAUGAUAACAUUAUCCUUGAUAUUAAUAAAGUGUUUUUUUUUUCAUAGAUACAGAUAUAAUCUUAGUUAAUAUUGAAUUAUACAUACUAACAAAAUAACAGUGCUGGCCAGUUUAAAAAAAUAAAACAUGCCAUGCUGCAUUGAUCUUACUGUGGUUCUUCAUUAAGCUUUUUAUUUUGUAUAGUGCAAAUAUAGGGCCAAAUGAGGCCUUUGUGCAAUAUAACAUAGUUGAAAUAUUUAAGUUAUACUAUUAAAAGUCAUCUUAUUUGUUAAAAUUUGUUCAAAAGAAAAA